AUGGAUAUAAAGACCUUGCUAAACACUAUUCAUAAACAAGUAUCCUGUUCUGUGUGCAAGACCACAUUCACAGAUCCAAAACAGCUGCCAUGUUUACACAGUUUUUGUCUUCACUGCUUGAACGGGAUUCUACGAACGAGUGGCCGCCAUGAUGUCAUAGCUUGUCCAGAAUGUAGAAGAAAGAGUCAAGUCCCCAGUAGUGGAAAUCUAAAUGAUCUGCCAACCGACUUUCGAAUCAACAGUUUGCUGGAUGUGUUGGCAAUUAAACAGUGCAGUACAACAGGAGUCAGAUGCGGAAAUUGCGACCAAAUAAGUUUUCAAAGUUGUUAUUGUUUCCACUGUUCUCNCAACAGUUUGCUGGAUGUGUUGGCAAUUAAACAGUGCAGUACAACAGGAGUCAGAUGCGGAAAUUGCGACCAAAUAAGUUCUCAGAGUUGUUAUUGUUUCCAGUGUUCUCUCUUCUGGUGUGACGUCUGUGUUAACGCGCACAACAUAAUGCGAGCUAACAAAGAACACCGUAUGUUGGCGCUUACCGACUUUAAAGACGAAGACUUUGAGAACUUUUUGAAGCGUCCAGCAUCUUGCCAAAAGGAAAAUCACGGGAAAGAUGAGCUGAAGUACUUUUGCAAGACUUGUAAAACUCCAAUAUGCAACACUUGUGCCUUGACAGAUCACGAAGGCCACGUCAAGAUACCUCUGGAAGAAGCUGCAAAUGAAAGCAAGUUACAAGUGAAAUCUGUGAUUGAGUCGAAAAAGGAAAACGUCCAACAGCAGAAAAUUAAAAUUACCAACAUUGAGCAAACCUGUAUUCAAGUGCAAGAGCAAGCCGCUGCCGUGAAGAGAAACGCACAGACCUUUGGUGAAGCGUUGAUCUGUGUCAUCGAGGCGAAGAUGAAGGAAAUCUAUGAUGAAGUAGAUAAUAGAACAGCAGAACUACUCCAGAUUCUUGCAACAAAAAAGAGGGAGAUUGAACAUGAAAUGGAAAUGACGGAGAUAGUAAUUGAACAAAGUGAAACACUUUUAGAACGAAGCAGAAGUGCUAAGAUUGUACAUUUGGACAAGUCAUUACAUGAAAUCUUCCUGCAAGGAGUCAGGCGUGAAGUGGAAAACGUAGACUGUGAGCUUGAAGAUUUUCAUCGUCGAUUCAAUUUCGUGGAAAACGAAACAUUAAUAGACCUGGCUAACACUGAAGGAAUCGGCUCAUUACAAACAUUGACCAGCGAGCGUCAAGCUAAAGCUCAAAGGAAAGGGAAAGGAUUCAUUAUGAAGUAUUUAUGGGGUGGCAGUGAACAAGCCGCUGCCGUGAAGAGCAACGCGCAAAAGUUUGCUGAAGCGUUGAUCUGUGUCAUCGAAGAAAAGAAGCAAAAAGUCUGUAAAGAAGUGGAAAACCAAGCGGCAGAGUCAAUCCAACGUCUUGUAACACAGAAAAGCGGGAUUGAACACCAAGUGCAAAUGAAAAAUACCGUAAUUGAAAAAGCUGAAACACUUUUAGAACGAAGCACAAGCGCUGAGAUUGUACUGUUAGAGAAGUCAUUAGAUGCAAUCUUUCAAGGAGUCAUGAAUGAUGUAGGAGAAAGAGUCAACUGUGACCUUGAAGCCGCUCGUCGAUUCAUUCUGGUGGAAAACGAAACAUUAAUGGAUAAAACGAUCACUGAAGGAAUUGGCUCAUUAGAAACAUUUUACAGCAACACUAGUGCGCAUCAAUCAAGAGCGGAAGGAAAAGGAACGAGUGAAGCUAUUGUUGGACUUAAAGUCAUGCUCUCCUGGUCACAGUUCUUAGAAUCUUUGGCGAUUUAUGCAAUCAUUCUUAGAAAUCAAACAAUAUGUCAAAACAUGUCUAAUACUGUUAUCUGUUUGGUCAAUAGUAUCAUGCUAAAAAGAGAUCAAAAGGAUUUAUUCUUGGAGGCGUUUUCGACGCGGAACCGCCUUUUAGUUUUCCCUCGGCUUUUAAUCAUGGAUUUUAAAACCUUGCCAAACAAUCUUCAUGAAGAAGUAUCCUGUUCUGUGUGCAUGACCACAUUCACAGAUCCAAAAACGCUGCCAUGUUUACACAGCUUUUGUCUUCACUGCUUGGAAACAAUUCUACGAACGAGUGGCCGCCAUGAUAUCAUUACUUGCCCAGAAUGUAGAAGAGAGAACAGAGUCCCUGGAAGUGGAAACCUAAAGGACCUGCCGACCAACUUUCGCAUCAACAGUCUCCUAGAUGUGUUGGCAAUCAAAGAGUGUAACACUACGGCAGUCCAAUGUGGAAACUGCGACAACAGAAGUGCACAGAGUUGCUAUUGUUUCCAAUGUUGUGUCUUCUGGUGUAACAACUGUAUCAUUGGGCACAACAUAAUAAGAGCUAACAAAGAACACCGUGUUUUGGCGCUUACUGACUUUAAAGAAGGAGACUUUGAGAACGUUUUAAAACGCCCAGCAUUUUGCCAAAAGAAACAUCACAAGAAAGAUGAGCUGAAGUUCUUUUGCAAGAUUUGUAAAACUCCAAUUUGCAAUGCUUGUGCUUUGACAGACCACGAAGGUCACGCCAAGAUGCUUCUGGAAGAAGCAGCGAAUGAACGCAAACUACAAAUGAAAUCUGUGAUCGAGUCGCAAAAGAAACAAGUCCAACAGCAGAAAAACAAAAUCACCAACAUUGACCAAACCUGUAUUCAAAUUCAAGAGCAUGCCGCUGGGGUGAAGAGAAACGCGCAGAAAUUUGCCGAAGCGGUGAUCUGCGUCAUCCAAGCGAAGAAGCGCAAGAUCUGUUUUGAAGUAGAAAAUCAAGCGGCUGAGUCAAUCCAACGUCUUGUAACACAGAAAAACAAUUCAUUAAAUGCAAUCUUUCAAGGAGUCGUGAAUGGUGAAAAUGAAAUAGCUGACUGUGACCUUCAAGGUCUUCGUCUAUUCAUGUUCGUGGAAAACGAAACAUUAAUGGACAAAGUAAACGCAGAAGGAAUUGGCUCAUUCAAAACAUUUCAUACUAGUACGAAUCAAUCAAAAGCUGAAGGAAAAGGAACGAGUGAAGCUGUUGUCGGACUUGAGGCCCAGUUUGUUUUGACAACAAGAAAUGCUAAAGGAGAACAAUGUUAUGACGAGCGUGACUGCGUAACAGUGGAAAUCAGAAAUCGUCAAGGACAGGACUGUACGAGGAAAGCACGAAUCCAAGAUAACAGAGAUGGCAGCUACUACAUCAGCUAUUUUGCCAAAGAAACCGGAAAGCGCGACGUUUCAGUAAAGGUAAAUGGAGAACAGGUCCAUGGCAGCCCAUUUGUGGUUAGAGUCAAACACAGACAGUACAGACCCGUGUCAUCGUUUGGACAUCAAGGCUCGACUGCUGGAAUGCUUAGAAAGCCCUGGGGACUGGCAGUGAAUGAACGUGAUGAAAUCGCGGUGACUGAGACCGGUAACAACAGAGUUCUCGUAUUCAGUAGUGAUGGAACUUACAUAAGAUCAUUUGGUACAAAGGGUGAUAAACAGGGAGAAUUUAAUUAUCCUGCUUGGGUAGCUUUUGAUAGGUUUAAUGGAAACAUUCUAGUGGUUGACAAUGGCAACCAACAAGUUAAAAUAUUUAGUGAAGAUGGUAAUUACCUGAGCCAUAUUGGUAACAAAGGAAAUCUGGACCACCAGUUAAGUCGUCCUCUUGGUUUAUCUGUAGAUAAUGACGGAAAUAUUAUUGUCGCUGAUAGAGAUAACAAAGUAAUUAAGCUCUUUUCUCGUACUGGGGAGAUCGUACAUAAGAUUGUAGGAAAGGGUUCUUUUAGUUGUCCUUUUCACUGUGUACAAUAUAACAACUACGUUAUAGCAUCGGACAGCCAUGAACAUUGCAUCAAUGUUUUUGACAGGGUUGGCAAUUUCCUGUACAAAUUUGGAAAAAAAGGUGAGGAGGACGGGGAAUUUAAUAACCCUCAUUGCUUGUCAGUUGAUAAAGUAGGACACCUGAUGGUCUGUGAUGCAGGAAAUCACAGGGUUCAGGUGUUUGAACAAAGUGGAAAGUUUAUAACGAAGUUUGGAACAAAAGGGAGCGGGAUAGGAGAGUUUAAUGGACCAGUCUCUACAGCAGUUCUAAGUGAUGGUAGAUCGUAUGACAUCAGUUCAAUGGUUCAUGCUUCAUUUACCGAUACUUAGAUCAUUACAAGUAUUUGUUUUAAUGUUAUCUCAGUGUUAAUUAGACGUUUGGUUGUAAGUACUUACCUAGAAAGAGGUCUGGAUUGAGAGGUAUAAGUGAAAGUUGCAGUGUCAGUUGAAAGUCUUUAAAAUUAUAACCAUUUGUGUUAGUUUUCAGUAAGGAUGUUAUAAUUUCAAAAGGUACGAUUUGCCACUAGAGAAAAAAAUUGAAAGGAAACUUGCCAAUUUUAAGGAGCUCAGUGACGGUUUGCGCAUAUUGAAAAGUCUAGCCUCAAUUUUUCAAAUUCGUCCGUGUUACUGUAAUCUUCUCCA